AUGGCUCCUCGCCGAUUCUCUACCUAUCUGCUGCUUGUUGGCUUCUUUUGUGUCCUCCUCUUUCUCUACUCGUCCAGCGAAUCUGUAUCCAUACCUUCAAGUGGAGCCCUGCCCCAAAAACCAUCAUCCUUCACUGGAAAGGUACCGAAGUUUAAUAUUCCCUCAUUCCACUUCUCGUUUCGAACGUCGUCCCAUAAGCCACCAGAGCAGCGAAACAGUACCAGCGGCGGAAGCUCGUGGUAUAGCGACUGGACAUGGCUCAACCCUUUCUCUUCCUCGAUCACCCUUGAUGAGAAUCGAUCCGUCCUACCACCCCUCGCGCCUAGACCACCUGUCUACACAUACUAUGAUUCCGAGUUGCAAAAAGAUAAGAACAGCAUUAAAGUUGACCAAGAGCUGCUGUCGACGUGGCGGAGAGCAUGGUGGGCGCAUGGGUUUCGGCCGGUAGUCCUUGGAAGAGCAGAGGCUCGGAAAAACCUCUUGUUUGAAAGAAUGCAAGGAAUGGUCCUCUCCGAGAGUCUGGACUUCGAAUUGAAUCGGUGGCUGGCAUGGGGGCACAUGGGCAGUGGCCUAUUGGCAAGUUGGCAUUGUGUUCCGAUGGCAGCUGGCGACGACUCCCUGCUCUCCUACCUGCGGAGAGGUCAGUAUCCUACACUGACAAGGUUUGAGGGGCUCGGAACUGGUCUUUUCGCUGCUGAAAAGACACAUAUUAACGACGCUAUCCAAGAGAUCCUCUCCAGUUCCAAAAUAAAGACAGCAAAGACCAUCCUGGAGGUCUUGAACCUUGAGCGGUUCAGGACCGAGCAAGCAUCGGCAAUCGCGCAGUAUGAUUCUGCGACAAUCACAGGCAAAUAUCCUGCGCUAGCUGAAAAGAUAGUGGCAACACCGGACGGAGGACGCCUGGCGUUGAACAAAAUGAUCAAUUCGCACCUUCAUACUACGUGGCAGAACGUAUUCAGUACCGGCAUCGCCGUACUGAAACCGCUUCCUGCUCACACUACAGCACUAAUCGCCCCAUCCUUACACCUUGCCAACCUGUUGGCACAAUGCCCUGAAUCCCUGAUACCCUCAUCCUGCCCUCCGAAUCGGCCGAAGUGUUCUCCAUGUGUCUCAUCGCGGGUUCAAGUCACAACGCCUCCGAGCUUUCGCAACACGUCUUCGCUGUAUUCUAUUGGGACAGUUCCGCACCCAUAUACCAUGAUCACCCUGGACAAUCAAACUGAGGCUAUCACAGUUAAGCAUAUCCGGCGCUAUACUACCAGGGAUCCAUGGCUCCUGGCAGUAACCAAAGACAUUCUUGGGUCGGGUAGAGGCGGACCAAGCAGAGUCGUCAGCUUCAAGGAAGUUGUGGCAUCAGAGUAUGGCCGUAGUCGGAGUUUAUGGCUCACUACCGAGAAACUUCCUGCUCCCUCCUCUGAAUCAAAAGAUGCACCCUUGCCAGAAGAAUGGCUGGUCGAACUGGACUGGCACUUUGGAUUCUCGAUUCCUCGAGCCCCGAUUCCUCAUGGUGAGUCCAUACCGCCCGUUCCCGGACCCGAGCGAUGGCCCAAAUCCAAACCUGGCCUUCCUGAGGAAAAGAAAAAGAGCUAUGAUCCUGAGCCGCCUACAGACAUUCAACUGGCGAUCGAGGUCGAAUUGCUCGAUAAGGCCAGACGGGUGGUCAAUACCAAGGAUACCAGAUUGGGGCAAAUCAGGAACGUGGCUGAGGCGUGGAACAUGGCUGACACAGAAGCAUGGCGGUUUGCAAGAGCUUAUCGAGCAAGAAGUGUGGUGGAAAGAUUAAAAUGGGAAGAGGAAGAACGCGGCUAUGGUGCCGAGGGAAGAGGGAAAGGCAGAUGGUGGCGCAUGUAA